AUGACACAAAAUAUAAUACUUCAUUGAGUAGUUUUCUUAACGAGCUUCUACCAGGUAAAACAAAUGAUUAAAUGUCUUCGCACUUAACUGAACUUAACUUCGUACUUAAGACCGUGCUUUCGUUAAGAGUAGAAGAUCCACGCUAUUUUUCUAACUACUUGUAGUUGAUUCGUGAGUGUGACUCGCUAUUAAUCCAUCAAUCGAGUAUCAGUCACUUAUCAACUGUAUAAUACUCGAGUGGAUUACCAUUGUUUCCCUUAAACCUAUAAAAAGAAGCGGCAAAACGCGAAAGCCAAGAAGUCGGAUUACUAUAUUGCGGUGUGCAUAGUGAGCCACGACAACAGCAAUGGCAACUGGAAUAGCAUUAAUUUAUCCUGCGUUGCUGACGGUGUUAACGGAAAACAAUUAUACGAUCUUUCCGGAUGAAACAGGAGUGCCACAUCUGAUUAAAAUCGAUAACUCUCCACUAACUGAAUUAGAACUCGCCAUUUUAGGUAUCAAUGUGGAAUCGAUCAGUUUCAACCUUUACACACGAGAUAACCCUAUGAUUGGUGAUGUGCUAAAUCUAAACGACGUAGUCUCUGUACGAGAGAGUCAUUGGAACCCGCACAGGGAAACCAUCAUAGUUACUCACGGUUGGAAUGCCAAUGGUCGAUCUUCGUCAUGUACACUCGUACGCGAUGCUUUCCUUAAUGUCUGGGAUAGCAACGUCAUUAUCGUCGAUUGGGGUAACAUAGCGAAAAACCUGCUUUAUUCCGUCGUUGCAAAAAGCGUACCACGCGUUGCUCUGCGUGUAGCUGAUUUCGUGAAUUUCCUACAAACUAGCGCUGGUUUACGAACGUCUAAAUUGAAAAUUGUUGGACACUCCCUGGGUGCUCAUGUGGCAGGCUUAAGUGCACUAGAGAUAGGAAGGUCGAGCCAAGUCGCGGAAGUUAUCGCACUCGACGCUGCCAAGCCAAUGUUUGAACACAAAGGACCUGAUGGAAGAGUUGAUAAAUUGGACGCGCGAAAUGUUCAAGUUAUUCACACAUGCGCCGGAUAUUUAGGUCUGGAUAUCUCUGUUGGUACUUCCGAUUUCUUUGCCAAUGAUGGAAGAAAUCAACCAGGAUGCGUCAAUGACUUGAUAGGAGCUUGCGCACAUUCACGCAGCUACGAAUACUACAGUGAAUCUGUUAUGAAUUCAAAAGGCUUCCUCGGUGUAUCUCAGAAUGGUGCAAUGGCAUACAUGGGUGGUCCUACUCUUGACCCAAAAGCUAAAGGAACCUACACAUUCCAAACUAACUAUCAGUAUCCAUAUGCAGUUGGUGGAUAAAGUUAUUCUUCAUAUGAAUAUGUAACAUAUUUAUUCAAAUUGAAAAAUAAAUAGCAGAUGAUCGUAUUAAUCAUCGAAA